GAGGCAGACUCCAUUCCUAUGGACGGGCGAAGCAUUAUCUAUGACUAAACACAUAAAAGGUCUUAUCAGUAAUAUGUCACUUUUCUAGUUUUCGACGGAAAGGAGUUCCUGUAUCUUUUUGGUGGUUUAUUUUCAGUUUUGCGAGGCAGUGCAUGAAGCGAAUGGAUAACCAGAGACGAAAGGCCCAAACAAGCACAACCAUUGGACAUGCGUAUCUACAACCUUCUUCGUUUUAUUUUAAAACUUGUAAGAAUGCCCCUCUUCCUCCAGUCGUCCACCGUCAGAACAGAAAGCCGGCGUCUGCUCACUUCUCUCUCACCUCACACACGGAGCAUGACAGAAAGCUUCUGAAUGGACCUCUGUACAAUGAAAUCCACGCUAAAGCCCCUGCGCACUGGACCACACACUUCCUCAAUGAGCUGGCCCACAGGCUCAGAGACCGGCCAACAGUGAGAGUGGUCUCUAAUCCCAGCAGUGAAAUGCAGGCCCUUUACAGAGGUCAAUCAGCGGCACGUGAACCUCCGUCUGAGCACUUUAACAUGAUGCAGGCACUGUACAGACAGCUGGAAACGACCCAAAUGGCGUUUGUGCAGGAACCAGUCUUUAGCACUACCAAGACUGACUUCAAGCACUUUAACAGGUCAGAUUUGUCUCCUUGCUCUGUCCUGGAUGCAGCUACCUUUAAUGGAACCCUUACCAAGAGUGCAGCUCACAGCCGACUUCCUGCUCACAAAGCGCCAUCCACUUUAUCAUGUCAACCCCGGCUGCCUCGUCCACCUCUUCCUGUGCCGCACAGGGGUAAAAGUAGUCUGUAUAUGGACAGUUUUACUGUACCUGUGCCUCCCCCAACAUCGCAAGCCGCUGAUGUUGCACAAAGUGGGGUGAAAUGGCAAGAUGAUGGUGGUAGAGGUGUGUUACUGGACAUUUUAGGUGUUCCUAAAAUGUAUAGUACUGAGAAUCAGACAUAUGGAAGAAAUAAGAUGUCUAUGGUAUAAGAAAAUAGACAGACUAGGGUGGAUGGUUUGAUUUUCAGUUCUGCA